AUCCAACAAUGUCGGCUCGACGGAAACGGCGGGGGAAAGAAAUUGCUGGAGGUAAGCGGUUCUUUGUUUUAAAUAUUUGCUUCAAUUUUGGCUUGAGUGGUAAAAUUUGUGUUCGGCUCUCUGUUCCAGGAGAAGGAUCCGGCGAUGGGCUGAAAGUUCAAUCUAUGCUUGAGCUGGCAACUCUUGGUGGGGAAGACUGGAUACCUUUCAACGACAAGAGGAUGGAUCAGGAAGUUGCUUACAUGGCUGGGGAGCUGCGAAAGGGAAGGGUAUUCCGUAAGGCUGACUGGGGCGGAGGGGACAUGCGUCUGGACUUUUAUGUUCAUGGUGGUGAGAAGAAGAAGAAGAGGAGGGUGAGUGAGAGUGCCGAUGGUGCGGAGGGUGACGGAGAAGGGCCUUCCGUGAAACAGAGAGAAGAUAGUCAAAAAUAUGACCGUGCUGAAAAUCCCGUAAACAUUGUUGUGGCUCGCUUGACUACGGAGGUUGAAGUGCUGAAGAAGGAGGUUGUUUCGUUAAAGAAGACUGUGAAGUUGCUUGUUCGGCGAGUUGGGCGCAGGCGGGGCAGGAGACGUGAUUCGGUGAGGAAAAAGACUGCAGCUUCUCAACAAACGGAUGGAAUAGAUGGCGAUGGUUUUGUGGAUUGUGGCGGUGAUCAAGUUGGGGGAAGCAGAGAGCACACGGUCGACGGUGAUGGGUUGGAGGAGAUGCCUGAGGUGGGAGAGGAAACAUGGGUUUCCCAAAGCGUGGCUGUUGACAGUUUUUCGUCGGACGAGGCACCACGGUUGUUAGUUAGGAUGAGGGAAGGAGAUGGACUCCCUUUGCAGUGGGUUGAUGGUGGUAGGCCAUGUUUGGACGGGAAUGUUUUAUAUGACGGAACGACUAGCAACACCUACUUUGUUACGGAUAGUGAGGUAGGUUUAGGUGGUGGGGGUCAGUUUGGCGUGUUAACCAAUGUUAACCCACUGAGUUACGUUGAUGGCAACGGUACAUUUGUGUUUGUCCCCCCCUUCUUGGUUAAUUUGUUGCCUUCGCCGAAGAUUGAUGUAUGUUUGCAGGUUCCCAAGAGUGGACCUGACUUGAGCGGAGUUGGUGGCCAAACAUACGUAUAUUUUGGGAUUUUGCAGCUGCAACCAUCGUCUGCUGUGGUGGACGGUGCUACGGAUGCGGCUACACUGGCUGAGAGGCAGACAUUUUUUUUUAAUGGGAGUGAUAUUUCGCAGAUCGAGGAUGGUGUGGGGAGAAUUGAAUUGGUUACAGCCGAGUCAGCGGAUGAGGCGUCUCAGGUAUUUAAAGUGGACACUAGGUGGUGUCCCCGUGGACAGCAGAUUGCGGUUACAUUGUGUACCCAGGCAUUCUACCUCACGUACGAAGGAGUUAGUGAUGAGGCCACUGUCAAUGUUGGGUCGAGUGUGUGGAUCGCGCCACGCAGACCGGCGGAACAAGAAGCGAACUUGGCGGCAUUGUUUCUGACUAAAGAUCCUUACGUAGUGCCCGAAAUUGUUCCUUUGGUUGAGGACUGUGAUUACCCGACGUUCAUGAAUGUUUUGGAGUCCACUCAGGAAGCGACGCAUGCAAAGGCCGGAGGCAAACAUGAUCUUAACAAUAAGUUCUUCAUUGAACUAGCAACCUCGCAGAAGAUGUUGUCUGGAACGUGUACAUUACCUCCUGGAAUGUUAGUGUUAAACUUCUUCGUGUGA